AACCCUCUCAUUUAGAUUUCUGAUAUCGUAAUUAUCUUCAAUCAUAUCAAACUUUUACUCCGGUGGCUUGGCUAUGGCCAGCAUCACAAAAUUGAGUUACCCAAUUACUUCCGUCAUCGUCACCUUCCUCUUCAGCCUAUCUAGAGCCACGUCACCAGGCAGCAGGACCAGCUUCACACUUGACCUAAUCCACAAACACUCCAUCAUCCACCACUCCCCGCCGUCGAAACCCUACUACCCCAGCCGGUCGUCGUUGCAGCGCUCCUUCGAUCGGAUAAACGGCGUCUCAGCCUUUCCCGACGAGCUAGCUCCCAAAGCCGACCCUAUUGGGCUGUCCCUCGGCGACGGCGACUACCUGAUGAAGGUCUCCAUCGGCACCCCGCCGACCCACAUCUACGCCUCCAUCGAGACCAGGAGCGACCUCAUCUGGACCCAGUGCGAGCCCUGCGUCAUGUGCUUCCGUCAGCACGACCCUUACUUCCGCCCCAACAACUCCUCCACCUACGCGCCGCUCCCCUGCGACUCCCCCACCUGCUACCCCAACCUCAACACCUCCGCCGCCGCCUUCUCCUCCCUCGCCACCACCUGCUCCGACGGCGCCUGCUUCUACUUCCAGCGCGAGGGCUCCUUCCUCACCGACGGGCUGCUGGGCACCGACAACGUCACCCUCGCUGACGUCGUCAACCUCCCCGGGGCCACCUUCGGGUGUGGCGUUUUCAAUGCUUACGGUGGUGCCAAUUACACGGAUGAUAAUGAUAACGCCCCCACGACGCGGCCCUCUGGGAGCGUUGGGCUUGGGCCCGGGCCCAAUUCGCUGGUGUCCAAGGUGCACGAGUACUCCGUCACCGAGAGCUUCGCUUAUUGCUUGACCCCGCCGUUUGUUAAUAGUAAUAACGGUGCUGGCAAGAUUAGGUUCGGGCGUACCGACUUCACCAACGAUACGGUCUCCGACCACAGCAAUACGACGUUCGUCCCCAUGUCGUUUCUGGACCCGUACUCGGAUUACCGUUUCAUCCUCCAUGGGAUUGGCGUCGGCGGUGAGAUGGUGGAAUUCUCCAAAGUUUCAUCGAGUGGCCGCGGAGUGAAGCUGUACAUGAUCAUGGACACAGGGACACCACUGACGUUCUUGCCAAGUGCAUUCUACGACGCCGUGGCAGCCAAGGUGGAGAACCAGACGAAACAUUUGGACAAGGUGGAGGACCCGUUGGGAGUCUUGGAGCCGUGCUACGACGUGAGAGGCGGAGUUGGCAAUGAGCUAGCAGACGUUGACGUGCCGGAAAUGACGGUGCAUUUUGAGCUCCCCGGCAACGGCCAGUCGGCUCCGGGGACGCUCAAGUUGAGGCCCGACAACACGUUUAUAAAAACGAGUGAGGACGUUGCCUGUCUGGCGUUUGCACCGACCAUGUCGGAGAACACGGGCGUGUAUGGUAACUUGGCGCAGAUGAACUUCUUGGUUACAUAUGAUAUGGACAUGGAGCAGCUUUGGUUCAAGGAAGCUGAUUGCUCCACGAUUUGAACUAUAUAUAAAAUUUAUUAGACUUUGUAAUGAAAUAGAUUGAGGCUGUUUAAUUAAUUAAGUCUUGUUAUGUGGCGGCUUAAUGUGAUGAGCCAACUGACGAGUGGUGCCCUGAUGUGUGGAUUUCUAGGACGAAUGAUAAUAAAGAAAACAACCCUUACAGCUUGUUUGGAUAUAAUUCUGUU